AUGUCUUCUCUCCCCUUCAGGUACCACCUUCUCAAACUCCUUCAGAAGUUUGGCAAAGUAAAGCAAUUUGACUUUCUCUUUCACAAGUCUGGUGCUCUGGAAGGGCAGCCGAGGGGUUAUUGUUUUGUGAACUUUGAAACCAAACAGGAAGCAGAGAAGGCGAUCCAGUGUCUCAAUGGGAAGCUGGCCCUUUCCAAGAAACUGGUGGUGCGGUGGGCACAUGCACAAGUCAAGAGAUAUGAUCACAAUAAAAAUGAGAAGAUCCUUCCAAUCAGUCUGGAGCCGUCUUCCAGCACCGAGCCGCCCCAGUCUAACCUAAGUGUCAGUGCAAAAAUUAAGGCCAUUGAAGCCAAGCUGAAAAUGAUGGCAGAAAAUCCAGAUGCCGAAUAUGCAGCAGCGCCGGUUUAUUCUUACUUCAAACCACCGGAUAAGAAAAGGACUACUCCUUACUCCAGAGCUGCCUGGAAAUCUAGAAGAUGAUGCUUGUGAAUGGAUAAUGGUAGCAAGAAACACUGCUUUGUAUACCUGGAGUCCUCCGAUGCUUUUGUAGAGUGAAAGGACGCUGCCACCUGAGCACAACGCCGCUCUGCAUGGCAUGGUGUUUGGUAACGCCUCGGGUGUCUGCAGAAUACUCCUCACUGCCAGUGCAGCUUUGCAGCUGAAUGCUGUUCAGGAAAGCAGGUUCCCUUCAGAGCCUCUGAUGAGCACACAGACAGCCUCUUGUUAGUGUGCUUUCAUUAGCAGGAUUAGAAACAGUCACCGGUGUAUGGACUGAAGCACAUCCAAAAAUACUCCAUUUAACUGAUUACUUUUUAAAGUAUUUUGUAACAAAAAGUAUUCCAAUUCAUGUUUUUAAUGGAGGGGAAGCACUUGGUUUUGAUUAACAUUCUGUAGUUACCGUGGAAAACCUUUACAUCUCAAUAAAACUAAUUUAAAAUAGAUUUUGCAACA